AAUAUGCUUUCCAAAACUUAACUUUGCGCACUUUUUUCUUAAGGGAAAGUUUCAGUUCAAGUUUAGGCAGCUAACACGGGACAAUGGAGACGAGUAGGAUCUGGGCUGUGUUCCUGACAUUGCUGCUGUCCUCCUGCAGGCUCUCUGUGCUCGGACAAUACCAGGGAGAUCAUGGCAUAGCCGUGCCCGACCAUGGAUUCUGCCAGCCGAUCACUAUUCCGCUCUGUACUGACAUCGCUUACAACCAAACCAUCAUGCCCAACCUGGUGGGGCAUUACAGCCAAGAGGAUGCAGGAUUGGAGGUUCACCAGUUUUAUCCCUUGGUAAAGGUACAGUGUUCGCCGGAUCUUAAAUUUUUCCUCUGUUCCAUGUAUGCGCCCGUAUGCACCGUUCUGGAGAAAGCCAUCCCUCCGUGUAGAUCUAUCUGCGAAAGGGCUAAGCAUGGCUGUGAAGCGCUGAUGAACAAGUUUGGCUUUCAGUGGCCGGAGCGCCUGAGGUGUGAGAACUUUCCUGUACUGGGAGACGGUCAUAUAUGUGUAGGACAAAACGAAUCCACGGCCACCGUGGCUCCUCCACACUUGCCCGUUCCAGGAACCCCAGGGAUCCAUCUUUAUUCCACCCUCGACAGGCCUUUCCGGUGCCCACCGACUUUGAAGGUGCCAUCCUACCUAAACUAUAAGUUCCUCGGGGAGCUGGACUGCGGCGCUCCAUGUGAGUCAUCGAAGACUCACGGUGCUUACAUGUUCUUCACAGACCAGGAGAUUGAAUUUGCACGCAUUUGGAUUUUAGUCUGGUCCUGCCUGUGCUGUGCGUCCACUCUGUUUACAGUGACUACAUAUUUGGUGGACAUGCAGCGCUUCAAGUAUCCUGAGCGGCCUAUCAUUUUUCUGUCUGGCUGCUACACCAUGGUGUCUAUCGCGUACAUUACUGGGUUUUUCCUUGGCGACAAAGUGGCGUGCAACGAGAGCUUCUUUCCAGACAGCUACAAAACGAUAGUGCAAGGCACCAAGAAGGAAGGAUGCACAAUACUCUUCAUGAUGCUUUACUUCUUCAGCAUGGCAUCCUCCAUCUGGUGGGUCAUACUCUCUCUAACCUGGUUCCUGGCUGCUGGGAUGAAGUGGGGUCACGAGGCCAUUGAGGCCAACUCGCAAUACUUCCACCUGGCAGCUUGGGCCGUACCAGCUGUAAAGACCAUCAGCAUCCUGGCCAUGGGGCAGAUUGAUGGCGAUGUCCUCAGCGGAGUCUGCUUCGUCGGCCUGAGCAAUAUCGACCCUCUGCGCGGCUUCAUCCUGGCGCCGCUGUUUGUCUAUCUUUUCAUCGGGACGUCUUUCUUGCUGGCCGGAUUUGUGUCCCUCUUCAGGAUCCGCACCAUCAUGAAGCACGAUGGCACCAAGACCGAGAAACUAGAGCGCCUCAUGGUGCGCAUUGGCAUCUUCUCCGUCUUGUACACGGUGCCAGCUACCAUCGUCAUCGCUUGCUUCUUUUACGAGCAGGCCUUCCGCGAGCACUGGGAGCGCAGUUGGAUCAGUACGCACUGUAAGAGCCUGGCCAUACCGUGCCCCAUGCAGCCCGGGCCUCGCAUGAGCCCCGAUUUUACUGUCUACAUGAUCAAGUACCUCAUGACCCUGAUUGUGGGGAUCACCUCAGGGUUCUGGAUCUGGUCCGGGAAAACUCUGCACUCUUGGAAGAAGUUCUACACACGCCUGACUAACGGGCAACAUGGUGAGACCACCGUGUAAGACACUGGACCCUCUAUGUCUCGGGGAAAUGUUAAUUUUUUGUUAAAUUUAAGGACUGAAUUUGUGAAUUGUUUUACAAAGACAGACUGAGGAACUGAUGUUUUUACAUGUUGUCAGUAUUUGUAAUAUGGUAACAGUUCCGGCUGAAUAUUGUACAUAAUUUGUAAGACUUUUGUGAAAUAAGACUGAAUGAAUUAAGUCGUUUUUGCUGUUGUUUUUUCCUUUUAUUCCAAGUCUCUUUUUAUUUCCUUAAAUGAAAAAUCCUGGCCAUUUUGGUGCCAUUAGCUGAAGAGCCCCCCGUCUGCUUUACAGCCACUUCCCCUCCCUGGUUUUUCAAAGCUAAGCUUGUAGAGCUAUUUGCCAUUUGGGAAUUCGGCAGACGGCGGAUGACACCAGGUGGAAAGAGGAGGCCUUUGGACACUCAGUUCUUUCUAGCAGCAAGCUGUGUUUAAAAGCGCUGUAAAUAAUACUGUAUUUGUACAAAAUAUAUAUUUGAAUAUAAUUAUAUAUUUGUAUUUAAA